GGGGGCGCGGCGAGGCGGCCUGGGCUCGGCCCCCGGCGCGGCGGAGCAGUCACGGCCGCCCCGUCCCGAGGGUAGCGACGCCGCGUGCCUCCGCCCGGCAGGCAGUAGGGGCAGUAGCGCCGGCUCCCGCCCGCCUUCCGCUUCUCGUCCCGCCGCCGGCGAGCUCGGCGGGGCCGCGAUGGAAGAGGAGCGGGCUGGCGAGCAGAUGAGACCGUUGCUCACCACGGGUCACGAUGAGGAAGCCGUUGUGGAUAUGGGCAAAAUCAGUUCUACUAUCAAUACAAACUUUGAGAAAGAAGAACUAGAGAGCCACAGAGCUGUGUAUAUUGGCGUUCACGUCCCAUUUGGAAAGCAAGGUCGUCGACGGCAUAGACAUCGUGGGCAUAGACAUCACAGAAGAAAAAAAGAAAAGGAAACUGAUAGAGAGGAUGGAAGAGAAUCUCCAUCAUACGACACGCCAUCCCAACGAGUGCAAUUUAUCUUGGGUACUGAAGAUGAUGAUGAACACAUUCCUCAUGAUCUCUUCACUGAAAUGGAUGAACUUUGCUUCAGGGAUGGAGAAGAGUAUGAGUGGAAAGAAACUGCUAGGUGGCUAAAAUUUGAAGAGGAUGUUGAAGAUGGUGGUGAUCGGUGGAGCAAGCCUUAUGUAGCAACGCUGUCUCUACACAGUCUCUUUGAACUGCGAAGCUGCAUUCUUAAUGGGACAGUCAUGUUGGACAUGAGAGCAAACACACUAGAUGAGAUAGCAGAUAUGGUCUUGGACAACAUGAUUGCUUCUGGCCAACUAGAUGAAUCCAUAAGGGAGAAUGUGAGAGUGGCACUUCUAAAAAGGCACCAUCAUCAGAAUGAGAAAAAAUUCAGCAAUCGGAUUCCCUUGGUUCGAUCUUUCGCAGAUAUAGGCAAGAAACAUUCUGACCCUCACUUGCUUGAAAGAAAUGGGGAAGGCCUUUCAGCCUCCCGCCACUCUUUGCGAAGAGGUCUCUCUGCCUCAAAUAUUUCCCUGAGAGGAGAAAACCGUUUGUCAGUUCUUCUCAAUUACCUUCUUCCCUCUUCAAGAGCUGGAACCCCGGCAACCUCAAGGUGUACAACCCCUGUAACUACCCCUCAAAACACACCACCCUCCAGUCCUACCUGCAGCCACCUGCCAAUCACAGGUGCCCAGCCAAGUCCACUUCAGGGCAAGGAUAUUCCUUCAGUAAUUAUCCACCCACCUGAGGAGGACUUAGAAGUGCAGGAAAGCCAGGAAGAGAAGACAGAGGAGAAUGUUGGGAAAACAUCAGGACUGUUAGCAUCUCCUCAGUCAGCACCUGGAAAUUUGGACAAUGGGAAGAGUGGAGAGGUUAAAGGUACUGGGACAGGUGGAAGCAGAGAAAACAGCACUGUUGAUUUUAGUAAGGUUGACAUGAACUUCAUGAGGAAAAUUCCUUCAGGAGCAGAAGCAUCAAAUGUGUUAGUGGGAGAAGUAGAUUUUCUAGAAAGACCUAUUAUUGCUUUUGUGAGGCUGUCUCCUGCUGUGCUUCUCUCAGGCCUCACAGAAGUUCCAGUACCUACAAGGUUUUUGUUUUUAUUGCUGGGACCAGCAGGAAAAGCUCCGCAGUAUCAUGAAAUUGGAAGAUCAAUAGCAACACUUAUGACAGAUGAUGUUUUUCAUGAUGUUGCCUAUAAAGCUAAGGACAGAAAUGAUUUAUUAUCAGGAAUUGAUGAAUUUUUAGACCAAGUGACAGUACUACCUCCAGGAGAAUGGGAUCCAUCUAUACGAAUUGAACCACCAAAAAGUGUUCCUUCCCAGGAGAAGAGGAAGAUACCUAAGUUUCCAAAUGGAUCUACUCCUACAGGAGAGACUCUCAAAGAAGAAGGUCAUCAUGCUGGACCUGAACUUGAGAGAACUGGAAGGCUUUUUGGUGGUUUGAUACUUGACAUCCAAAGGAAAGCACCUUUUUUCUUGAGUGACUUCAAGGAUGCAUUAAGCCUGCAGUGCCUGGCCUCGAUUCUUUUCCUAUACUGUGCCUGUAUGUCUCCUGUAAUCACUUUUGGAGGGCUCCUGGGAGAAGCUACACAAGGCAGAAUAAGUGCAAUAGAAUCCCUCUUUGGAGCCUCGUUAACUGGGAUUGCCUAUUCUCUCUUUGCUGGGCAACCUCUCACUAUUUUGGGGAGUACCGGACCAGUUCUAGUAUUUGAAAAAAUAUUAUUUAAAUUUUGCAGGGAUUAUGGGCUUUCCUACCUCUCCCUACGAACAAGCAUUGGUCUGUGGACUGCAUUUUUAUGCAUAGUGCUUGUAGCAACAGAUGCCAGCAGCCUCGUCUGUUACAUCACUCGAUUUACUGAGGAAGCUUUUGCAGCGCUUAUAUGCAUCAUAUUUAUUUAUGAGGCAUUGGAAAAGCUUUUUCAUUUGGGAGAGGUGUAUGCCUUCAAUAUGCACAAUAAUUUGGAUAGACUGACUUUAUAUUCAUGUGUAUGUUCUGAGCCUCAGAACCCCAGCAAUGAAACCUUAAAGGCUUGGGGGAAGAUGAAUAAAUCUGUGGAAACUAUCGCAUGGAGUAACCUUACAGUAACUGAAUGUUUAGAAUUUCAUGGUGUGUUUCUUGGAUCUGCUUGUGGCCAUCAUGGACCAUAUAUUCCAGAUGUUCUCUUCUGGUCUGUCAUAUUAUUCUUUACAACAUUUUUCCUCUCCUCUUUUCUUAAGCAGUUCAAGACCAAACGCUAUUUCCCAACUAAGGUGCGUUCUACGAUCAGUGACUUUGCAGUAUUUCUGACAAUUGUAAUCAUGGUUUUGAUUGACUAUCUUGUAGGAGUGCCAUCUCCUAAGCUUCAUGUUCCAGAGAAAUUUGAACCCACACAUAAAGACCGAGGAUGGUUCAUAGACCCUCUUGGAGGCAAUCCUUGGUGGACGCUCCUGGUAGCUGCUGUUCCUGCUCUACUUUGUACCAUACUCAUUUUCAUGGAUCAACAAAUAACAGCUGUUAUUAUAAACAGAAAAGAGCAUAAGCUGAAGAAAGGCUGUGGUUAUCAUCUUGAUCUGUUCAUGGUUGGUAUUAUGUUGGGAGUAUGUUCCAUUAUGGGCUUACCGUGGUUUGUCGCAGCAACUGUCCUGUCUAUAAGUCAUGUUAACAGCCUGAAAGUUGAAUCUGAGUGUUCUGCACCAGGAGAGCAACCAAAGUUUUUGGGAAUCCGGGAGCAGCGAGUGACAGGAUUGAUGAUUUUUGUCCUGAUGGGGCUGUCAGUGUUCAUGACCUCUGUGUUAAAGUUUAUUCCAAUGCCAGUUUUGUAUGGUGUCUUUCUUUACAUGGGAGUGUCUUCAUUAAAAGGCAUUCAGUUUUUUGACCGUAUAAAAUUGUUUGGAAUGCCUGCCAAGCAUCAACCUGACCUGAUAUAUCUGCGUUAUGUACCACUCUGGAAGGUCCAUAUCUUCACAGUUAUUCAGCUCACUUGUCUAGUUCUUUUGUGGGUCAUUAAGGCCUCUGCAGCUGCUGUUGUUUUCCCUAUGAUGGUUUUAGCAUUAGUAUUCAUUCGCAAGCUCAUGGAUUUAUGUUUUACCAAAAGAGAGCUUAGCUGGCUUGAUGACCUUAUGCCAGAAAGUAAAAAGAAGAAAGAAGACGACAAAAAGAAAAAGGAGAAAGCAGAGGCAGAGAGAAUGCUUCAGACAGAGGACAAUGAAAGCGUACACCUCCAGUAUGGAGAAGGAAAUGUUUUGAAUUUUCCUGUAAAAACUCUAAAAUACAGCGUUGAUCCCUCAGUUGUAAACAUAUCAGAUGAAAUGGCCAAAACUGCACAGUGGAAGGCUCUGUCCAUGAGUACUGAGAAUGCCAAAGUAACCAGAGCUAACCUGAGCCCUGAGAAACCAGAAAGCGUGAAAAUAAAUGUGGAAGAUUCACCUGUUGUGAAAUACGUGGAUGCUGAAACAUCUUUAUAGAACUGAAAGAGGGGGAAUUGUGUGUACUUGUGUGUGUGUAUAUAUAUCAUUGUAGGAUAUUAUACCAUUGAAGUGUGAUUUCCAGUUUAAGGAGUAACAUGUAUUUAAUUCUGCCAUUGUUUAGGGAACUGUAGAUAUGCUGACAUGAGAAGAUUUUCCUACAGAUCAGUUGAGUGGUAAUCACACUUCAGCUAUUUAUUUUAUUGGGAAUUUUAUUUUCAUUUUAAAUAGGAAUAUUAUAAUGAAUGCAUAUUAUUUUCAAUAAUCAGUAUGUGCGUAAAAGUUUAAUCAGCUUUUGCUGAUGAUUACUGGUCCACGUUGUUUAGAAUUUUGCAAUACCUCUGUUUAUAAUGUGCGCUACAGAAGUUUGUUUUCCAUGCAGGAAAUUACUGCUUGUUUUUGCAGGGUAUUCUUUUUUUUUUUUUUUUUUUUUUUUUUUUUUUUUUUUUUUUUGUGAUUUCAUAGAUCAAAUAUUAAUGUACUGUUAACAUGAACUACUGUGCUUUCUGUCUCCACUACAUGCUAAUAUGUUUUGAAUUCUGUCAUUCACAUUUUACAGAGGAAGCCUAGGGCCCUAAGUCAGAUGGCAAAAUAACCCUUGAAAUACAUGUAAAUAUCCUGUUCUGCUAUUUUUAAAUAUAUACCCCUAAUUUUUUCAUUGUCAUCCGGUAGCCAUAUGGUUUUAGUAACUGUAGUUACAAUCCCAAGUCAGUAUUUGCCAUUCUGAAAUCCGUGUUUGCACAACAUAAAUUGAAUUUAUAGGCUGCCAUUUGUUCCGUAGGAAGUUUCACUUGCUACACUAGUACUCUGGAUUUCUUUACCUGUUUUUAUUUAAACUCUCCGUUGACUGAAAAACUGAUUAACUCAUCUCUAAGACUGACACUUAAGAGUAUUUCAUGUCCUUAUCAAAAUAUCUUUCUUGUUGAAUUCAUUUUUAGAAUUUAUUAUAUGUUCGAUUAAAUUAGCCACAGUUGAACUCUGUAAUAGGUUUAUGAUCAGUAUUAUUUUAUGGAUUAUGAAUUGCUUGUGGUAUUUCUGUGUACAGUUCUGAUUCUCUUCAUUGUAAAGGGCAUAUAUGAUAGCACACCAACUUAUUUUAAGCAUUUUAUUUAUUUUAAUUAGUAUAAAAUUUUAUCGUGUUGGAAAUGAAAAAGUAACCAUUUAUUGACGUAAAUGGGAUUUUGGAGGUUCAUUGAUUAAAAAUGCAUUGAUUAAAAAGUGCAUUUAUUGUACUUAUGUUUUUGAGGUUUAGUGUUUAGCAGUGUAAAAUCUGAGAUGAUGAGAAUUUUAUGUGUAAAUGAAAACCUUGAUCACUUACCUGCUGCAGUUUCCAUUACUAAUGUUUUUUGGUUUUUUUUUUUUUUGCCUUAUGCCUUCGUUUUUAGCUUGUAUUUCUGAAUUGGUCUUUUUAGAUUCUGCCAGCCCUUUCUGGAUGUAUUACAAAGGCUUUAAUUAGAAUUUGUGCACAUUUCAAACCAGAACAUCCUGUUAGCUUAAUUCUGUUUUGGUAGAUUUGUGAGUUUUACUAUGGACAUCUUGGUAAAAUUCUCACUGAAUGCAAAAGAAGCAGAUUUUAGAGGAAGGUGUUGUUCAUCUGGAAGUACCACCUGAGCUGGAAUUCUGGUAUCCUUCAGACAAGUAACAGUGAGAUGAAAGAUAAUCAUAUAUUAUGAAAACAAACCCAUCAGUUGGAAUAAGAAGAAAUAUUUGAAGACAUUGCUUAAGUUAUACGGGCUGUUAACUGUUACUGUUACACACAACAUAGUAUUUUAUUUUCUUUGUGUUCUCCGUUUGACUCAAUUGAUAAGGCAGUUUACUGAAAAUACAUAAUAGCAUACAGCAAUAUGGAUGAUCCUACCCAAACUCUCAUGACAAAGGCUCAGUGGAAAAGAAAGUGAGAUCUGCAAUACUAAUCUGACUAGUACCGUGUAUGACCUCUAUAGGAUGAUGUUCAUUUAUCCUUAGAUGACAGCAUAGCUUGUGCCUUAGCUUGAGUAUAUGCUCUUUCAGGAAAUAGCUGCUUUCCCUCUAGUGAAACCGAGAUGCAAUGAAAGUGUGGCAGGCGCUUGCCCAGAACUGUCAGCAUUAUUCAAAAGAAAUAAAACAACCCAACACAUCUGCUCAUCAGUUACUGGCUGUUAGCUGGCGACUGGUGAAUCUAAGAAGAAAAGUAAUAUUUUGUGCAGUUUACAUAGUGUUAUCCACAAUAUGAUACUCCUGUACCAUUCUUCUUAGUAGCAUUUUGUACGUCAUAUUCAGAGCGCUAUGAUUGUUUCCAAGAUUCAGAAGAUGAUUAUAAGGCACUUAGAUUUUUAACUCUUCAGUGCCAGAAAUCAGGGUUCCCUGGUGCUAUACAACUUUUAUCUGGCUUCUGCUUUUGAAGGGUUAAUGAAUGACCAAUAUUGCAGGAAGCAGGUGUUUUUCUUGUGAAGUUUAAAAACAGCAAACGAAUCACCAAAGCCCACAAGUCUAAUUGCAGUAUUUAUUUAAUUCUAAUUCCGUAGAUGCUGUCAUCAAUGCCAGAAAUACCAUAACUUGCAAACCAGUUUACAGUGACCUUUAGUUCCAGUGUUCUUUGUUAACAGCAUGUCCCGCUUGCACUUUUUUCCCCAUGUGAACGGAAGACAACCUGGUGUUGAGUGCAUAAGAACCCAUGGAUAACUUACAGUUAGGUAAUUUACUGCUCACUGUAUACCACUUUUGCUUUAAAACUGCGUAGUUGAAGUAAAGCUAAGGAUAUUGUGGACUGUGUAUAGAUAAAUUUUGCCUUAAUAGGUGCAAAAGAGCAGUGGUAGUAACUGCGCACUGAUUCUUUCAUAGGGGUUAAGCCCUAUAAAAAAUUAAGCCAAUGUAUUUCCAUUCCAGCAGUUAGAGGUAAAUAAACAGUCCUGCACUUUUUGUUUUAGAUGCCUUGGUUUUCCGGAAUGGAGCUUAGUGCUACUGUGUAUCUGGCUGCAGAGCCACCUCAGGAAGUCCCCAGUUGUUUCUUUUUCUAGUUCGUUUUGUUUUCCCUUUUUCUUUUCCUAAUUUAUUUAUAAGUAUGAAUGUUUACAUAAAGGUCUUAAUUUUGACCACUCCAUUUAAAUUAUCAUCUAAAAAGUUUCACUUAAAAUACAGUCUUUUUUAAACAAAAUUAAAUUCUACAAAACUCCUCCUCAUGUGUUCCAACGGCAUGCUUUAAUUCUGUUUACAUACCCCCAAGUUAAUGAUACCUUCCUAGAUUAGUUUUGCAGCUGCAACAGAAUAUAUUAUUGUUUAGUGAGAUGUUCCAAAUUGCCAAGUUUGUCGUGGUCUGGUCCCUAGGGUAGAACUCAGUGCCCUGUUGGGGUUUUUCAACCAAAUAUACAGGCCAUUUUUUACUCCUAUUUUUUCCUGUAUGUAAUGAAAGCUUUCCCAUCACUUUUCAUUUGCUUCACAUUCGUCUUUGUCUUUAUGUGGUAGUUUCCUGGUUCCUGCCCCGUGUCAGGCAGGUUCAGCUUCUGUAAUAUACACAUGUGACAAACUGGCGUCCUGUCACAGAGCCUGCACAGUUUUAAAGGAUUAUCUUGUACAUACGUUCUGUAAAUCUAAGAUAAACGACUCAUGAUCUUCAGUUCACAGUGUAGCAACUUAGAUGAGCAUCACGAUGAUUUUACCUUUCCUUUUGCUUUCUGUGAUUAGUAAUGUUUUAAUUACUCAUUUAGGUAAAAAUUUUAUUAUAUAAAGUACAGUAUGAACGUGUGAAAUACUUUGUUUAUACCAACAGUAAUUUAUUUUACAGCAGAUUUAAAGACUAGAAGCACACAGCUUUGAGUCAAUGGAAGUGCUAUGAGAAUCGCUUUAGGAUUUUAAGUCCGUUUUAUUUUAUAACUUCUUUGUGUUUCUUUUUUUUUUUUUUUUUUUAGGGAGAAUUUAUAGGAACUUUUUAGUUGGCAUUGAAUAAAAAACAAACAAACAAACAGACAUUUUCAUACUGAAUUUUAGUAUCUGUUGGCAUUUGUUUGGAAUAAUGAGGUUAAAAACCAGCCCUUUUCUAUGUGACAAGGCUGGGGCUCAGCACACACCCCUUGGCAAUACAGCCCCCUCCUGUGUCUUCCGAGGCUCAGCCCCUCAGUGCCGAUGGUGGAGGUGUCAGCACACACUGUACGGUUCCCACCUUUGUAUGACUGCUUUUCUAAUGGCCAUUUUUCUUAUUUUAUAACGGGAUCCCAAACGUAGCAUUGAUCUUCGGUUUGUAUUAGAAAACACCGAUCUCAGACUUGUCUUCAAUGUGAAAGAUCCAGCCUCCGUUGUUUUUAAUUACCGCUAGAAUAAAAUUAUCUUUUGUAACGUUCCGAAAAGUUGGCAAAAGCAAUAAAAAUCUACUGAACAA